CGCGGGGCGCCGCGGAGUUCCCGCAGGUCGCUCGCUGCUGUGCAGCCGCCGUCGCCGCCUCGGCCCGGCACCCGCCGUCCCGCCCGCCCCGCCGGGAAGGAGCCGGGACCGUUUCGGCUCCGAAGCACGCGGCCCCCUCCCGUCUCGUCGUGGCUUUUCCAAACCCUCCGAGGAGAGCAGGAUCGUUCGGUCCUUCCUGUGUUUCCGACCAUUACAGGAUCUAGAAAUGUCUACGACGCUGUUAUCUGCCUUCUACGACAUCGACUUCUUGUGCAAGACGGAGAAGUCGCUGACCAACCUCAGCAGCAUGCUGGACAAGAAGGCCGUGGGCACCCCGGUCACCUCCUCCGGCUCCAGCUUCGCGCCGGGCUUCCUGCGGCGGCACUCGACCAGCAACCUACCGGCCCUGGCCGCCGGCGCCAAGUUCCCCAGCCCCACCGGCUCCAGCUCGUCCUCCUCCUCGUCCUCGUCCUCGUCUUCCUCGUUCGGCGGCCUGAAGGAGCCGGGCUCCGGUGGCGGGGGCGGCGGCAGCAGCAGCCCCACGGCCCUGCUGAACAAGGAAAACAAGUUCCGGGACCGCUCCUUCAGCGAGAAUGGCGAGCGCAGCCAGCACCUGAUGCAGCAGCUCCAGCAGCAGCAGCAGGCGGCGGCCGGCAAGGGGGGCGGCUCGGGUGGCGGCGGGGCGCCCAUCAACUCCACGCGCUACAAGACGGAGCUGUGCCGCCCCUUCGAGGAGAGCGGCGCCUGCAAGUACGGCGAGAAGUGCCAGUUCGCCCACGGCUUCCACGAGCUGCGCAGCCUCACCCGCCACCCCAAGUACAAGACCGAGCUCUGCAGAACCUUCCACACUAUCGGCUUCUGCCCCUACGGCCCGCGCUGCCACUUCAUCCACAACGCCGACGAGCGCCGCCCGGCGCCCGGCGGGGGCACAGCCGCCGCUCCCCCGCCCUCCGCGGCCGCCCCGCACCAGCACCACCACCACCACCACGCGGCCCCGCACCCCGCCGGCAGCACCGGCGACCUCCGCGCCUUCGCGCCCCGCGAGCACCCGCUGGGCGGCGGCUUCGGGCACCCGCGGGGCGGCGGCGGCGGGGAGCGGCCCAAACUGCACCACAGCCUCAGCUUCUCCGGCUUCUCCGCCCACCAUCACCACCACCACCACCCCCCGCACCCGCACGGCGCCGCCCCGCCGCCGCCGCCCGGCGGCCGCCUGGAGGCCGCGCUGCUGGAGAGCCCCGGCGGCUCCCGCACGCCGCCGCCGCCCGCCUCCGCCUCGUACUGCGAGGAGCUGCUCUCUCCGCCCUGCGCCAACAACGCCUUCGCCUUCUCGGGCCAGGAGCUGGGCAGCCUGAUCGCGCCGCUCGCCCUGCACACGCCCGGCUUCGCCGCCGCCGCCGCCGUGGCCGCCGCCGCCUACUACCGCUGCCAGCAGCAGCAGCCGCCGCCGCCGCCCGGGGGCUGCCCGCCGCCCCCCGCCUCGCCGCCCUUCAGCUUCCAGCCCCUGCGCCGCCUCUCCGAGUCGCCCGUGUUCGACGCGCCGCCCAGCCCGCCGGACUCGCUCUCGGACCGCGAGAGCUACCUGAGCGGCUCGCUCAGCUCCGGCUCGCUCAGCGGCUCCGAGUCUCCCGGCCUGGACUCGGGCCGCCGCCUGCCCAUCUUCAGCCGCCUCUCCAUCUCCGACGACUGAAGGAAGGAAGGGGGCUCGGGGAGCGAGCCGGCCCCCCUCUCUGUUUGUCUGUUGUCGUUUUUUUUUAUACGCGUAACCUAUCCAUGUAUACCCGAGAGCUGAACAAAGCGAAAAGCGUCUUGCGAAAAGGGCGACUGACACGAA